AUGGCAGUCGAUCAUCUGUUUGCAGCCUUCAUCCUUUUCCUUAUCUCUAACACAGGGUUUAGCGUUGAGAUCUCUCUGUUUGUGCAGACAGGAGCUUCUGUUCAACUGGAUAUACAACAACUACCAGAGUUUGAUCUUUUAUCCUGGAUGAAUGAUAAAUCAGAGAGUAUAGUUAGAUAUAACAGUGAUUCCAAAAGAGUAACACCUCACGGUUCCUACAAGGACAGAGUGGAUUUCAAUGAUACAACCUUCUCUCUGACACUGAAGAACAUGCAGAAGACAGACAGUGGACUCUACACAGCAAGAAUAAGUGGAUUAAUAAACAAAGAUUGUGUCACAUACAGAGAAAUGUGUGUUUCAGAUGCUGUGGAGGCUCCUGUCCUGACAGUGAACUCAAACUGGUUCAGCAGUGACUCCUGUACUGUGAACUUCACAUGCAGAGCUCAUGAGCUCAUGAUUACCUCUAGCUAUCAGAACAAAGUGAUCUUUUCAGAGGCUGAUGAUACAGACUAUGAUGAUGUUGAGAAUAUGACCCAGAAGAUGACAGGAGAUACAUGGACCACCGUUACCUACUGUACAGUAGGACGACACCAAACACCUUCAUGA